UCCGUCGUGACCACAGACAAGUGAAUAAAUAUUCGUGACGUCACGUCUUUACAUUUUAUUAGAUGCUAUUUUUCAUUAUUUUAGCUAUUUUUUAAAUAAAGAUAUGAAUUCCAAAGUUUAUAAGUGCUGUGCGGUUCCUCAGUGCAAUAACACAUCAAUAAAAACGCCUAGAAAAUUAUUUGUUUACGUUCCACACAAGAAAACAAUUCGAAAGACGUGGCUUAAUCUUGCACGUCGAGAUCCAUUAUCCAUAAAAAUAAGUUCUAUAAUUUAUUUCUGUGAAGAUCACUUCGAUUUGCCAAAUGAUAUGGACAAUUAUAUGGAGUAUCAUGUGAUGGGAUCAGUAUCACAGGUUCGCAUGAAACCAGGAUGCAUUCCCUCAAAAUUUAAAUGUCAAUCAAAUAGAAGAAAACAAAAAUUUAAUAUAACCGAGCAAACCUAUGUUCACAAGAAACAAAGAAAAUUAUUAAGUGAUGAAUACAAGAUAUAUUUGGAGGAAAGAAGUAAUUACUCUGAAAAAUUGGAAUUUGGAGAAACUUCAUCUGGGAGCUCAGGUUUAUAUGCCAGCAUAGAAAAUAUUAAUCAAGAUGAAAAAAAUAGUAAAGCCAUCAAAACGGAAAUUCAAUUAGUUAACCAGAUGACUUCACCCUUGAGACCUAAUUUCCAAACUGUAACAUCAACAUUAAAAAUAAACAAUGGUAUAUCUACCUCACACAUACCUCCAAACGAAAUAUUGACUAUUGAAGAUCAAUCUGAUAGUGAUAAUUCUUAUACUAGUCUAUCUAUAGCACACAAGGAAUCACCACUAUCAACAGUGGUGCCGAUGGUGUUGUCACGUCUCUUGGCUAAAAUUCGCUAUUUUUAGCUACAAGAUGUGCUCUCAAUUGAAUCAGGUUAUUGGUCUUGAGUUAAGGAGUUCAUAAACAGUGUAAAAUAGAUUUUGAUGAUAUGGGUAAUUUUUGAUAACAGGUGAAUUAAGUUUAGGAAAUAGGUUCUAUAUUAGAACCUUUUCUGAUUCUGAUUUACUAUAAUGACUUUUUAAAAUUAAUCUACAUAAAAUAGAUUCUGACUAUGUUAAAAACUCUUGCUAAAGUGUUACAAUGGUUUAGAGCUAAUAAUUUGUUAGUGAGUUAGUUUUAAACAUUAAUUCACUGUACUAUACUACUUAAUGAGAAAACUGGUUGCGACCACAAUUCAUUUAAUUAAUUUAUGGAAUAAAUCUGAGGUAACAAUAAUGAAAGUAUAACUUAAAUGUACAUAUUUGUUAUAAUAAUAAGAUAAAACGUGAUUAUAUUAAUUUUAAGAUUACAUUGAUAUAAAAAAAGGUAUUUUCAUGAAAGCAUUUUAUUACAUAACCAACCAAACUCCUUUGUUUUAAUAGGCAUGAUGACAGUAACAAAUCAGCUAAAAUAUUGUGUUUUUCUAA